CCCGCCCAGGUUGUGACCGGCUGACGAGUUAGCACCUGCGCCGGAAGUGUCAGUGAGAGUCACGCGUGUGUACUACCUGGUAGUCCGUAUCAUGGAGGAAUUCACAGAUUUAGGUCUGUCGCAGUGGCUGAUCCAGCAGUGCAAGCAGAUGGGGGUGUGUAGGCCCACCCCGGUACAGGAGAACUGCAUUCCGCCCAUCCUGAGCGGCCGGGACUGCAUGGGCUGCGCUAAAACUGGCAGUGGAAAAACUGCUGCAUUUGUUCUGCCUAUACUUCAGAAACUCUCUGAGGAUCCUUUUGGAAUAUUUUGCCUGGUGCUCACACCUACCCGGGAACUGGCAUAUCAGAUUGCUGAACAGUUUCGAGUACUUGGCAAGCCAAUAGGUUUGAAGAACAGCAUUAUUGUUGGAGGAAUGGAUAUGAUUGCACAAGCCUUGGAACUGUCCAAAAAGCCACAUGUAGUUAUAGCCACCCCUGGUCGUCUGGCCGACCACAUUCGGAGUUCUAACACUUUCAGCAUGAAGAAGAUAAGGUUCUUGGUUCUGGAUGAAGCAGAUCGCCUCCUUGAACAGGGUUGCACUGACUUUACUCAAGACUUGCAGGUAAUCCUUGGAGCAGUUCCUGCUCAGCGCCAAACUCUGCUGUUUAGUGCCACCUUGACGGACACCUUGCAAGAGCUGAAAUCCAUUGCAAUGAACAAGCCUUUCUUUUGGGAAUCCACUUCAGAGGUGCGGACUGUGGAGCAGUUAGAUCAGCGGUAUAUUCUUGUGCCUGAGAGAGUGAAGGAUGCAUAUUUAGUGCAUCUCAUCCAGAAGUUCCAGGAUGAGCACGAGGACUGGUCCAUCAUGAUCUUUACCAACACUUGCAAGAACUGCCAGAUCCUGAACAUGAUGUUACGUGAAUACAGCUUCCCAUCUGUAGCUCUGCACUCUAUGAUGAAGCAGAAACAAAGAUUUGCUGCACUUUCAAAAUUCAAAUCCAGUGUUUUCAAGAUUCUCAUUGCGACAGAUGUGGCAGCCAGGGGGCUGGAUAUUCCCUCAGUCCAGGUUGUGAUCAACCACAAUACCCCAGGCCUCCCCAAGAUCUACAUCCACCGUGUCGGGCGCACCGCGAGAGCAGGACGCACUGGCAUGGCAGUAACACUGGUGACUCAGUAUGACAUUCAUCUAGUACAUGCAAUAGAAGAACAGAUCAAUAUAAAACUAAAAGAAUUUGCAGUGAAGGAAAGUGAGGUGCUGCAAAUCCUCACCCAGGUGAAUGUGACCCGGCGGGAAUGUGAAAUUAAACUUGAAUGUACGGACUUUGAUGAGAAGAAGGAGAUACACAAGAGGAAACAGCUCAUUCUAGAAGGGAAGGAUCCUGAUCUGGAGGCAAAAAGAAAGGCGGAGCUUGAGAAAAUAAAAAAACAGAAAAAGAAAUUCAAGGAACACAUCCAGGAAACUAUGCAGAAAAAAUUAGAUCUCCAAUUGCGCAGGAAACAAAAGAAGAAACACUUGAAACAAGAGAAGAGGGCAGCUAAAGCUCAGCAGUGACAUUGUUUGUAGUGAGGAAAUCAGAAGAUGGUCCUACUGUUUACUUGCGGAUGACCCCUAAAUGGAAGUCUGAAAUUGGAGCAGCAGGCAACUGGCCUCAAGUGUCUAUUUAACAAAAUCUGGACUCCGUUAACUCAGUGGAAACAAUUUGUUUUUGGACUGAAACCUUGUUUUUCUACCAAAUUCAUCCAGUUUUUAUAAACCUCUACUGAAUUCAUCAUGUGCUUUAUUAUGUAAGAGACUGUUUCUCUGCUGUACAAGUUCUUCUAUUUCAUUGUAAUCUACUUGUUCUCACCACUCACUGCUGAACCAGUGAGGAGAGGAGUUUUCUAUAUCCAUGUAUCAGUUGAAUUGUUCGGGGGGCACACAGACACCACGGAAAUAAAGUACCAUAAUAUAUUUAUUUAA